UCUCUGCGCGAGCUCUCCCGGCUGAAUGCAUAUUGCGAGGGCUUAAACGGAGCAGUGCUCGUAAUGUCGAGCGAAAAAAAAGAAAAAGACAGCUGUAAAACAUAACCAGCUUUGCCUCUUUGUAGGAAACACACUUUAGAUCUUUUUAGGGUAAGAGGUUUUUGAGUUAUUGCCGUGCAUCACUGAAUGUGUCAGGAAUAUCGAAAACAAAACCAACUUAACCGCGCUCAUCGCCAGAGACAUUCAUUUAAUUAGCCUCGUCCACAUUUAAGUAUCUUGCGUACUCUACAAUUUAAUGUUUGUAUAUUUUAGGUCAACUUUAAUAUAAAUAUUUGGACACUAUGUAUAACUCUGAGAGACUCCCUAAAACCAGUAUCGAUCAGAACCAAAGCAAUGGAUUCAGAAGUGACGUGACCGGGCAACACAAAGAGUCCAGUGAUUCAGUCCCGAGGAGGAGAGCCUCCAGAAGAGUCGUCCUUCACUUCGAUCUCAACAACACCAUCCUCGUGUCCGACGCAGUGACCAGACAGGGCACAGUUUCUGCUCUUGAGUACUUCCUGUCCACUGUGACCUGGGGCCGCAUGACCAAAGGUAAAUGGGAGUGGUUGUCAGAAGCUCCAUCUCUCCUUCCGCCUUGUGAGGGCGCUGUUUCAUACUACUCUCAGUUUGGCCGAGUGGCGGCCUUCACCACAGUAGGUCCAGGUCGACGGUUCCGGAAGGUCCUUGAGGAGCAUCUCGAGCUGCUCAGUUGGCCGUCUCAUUUAUCUGCAGAUAAAGAGCUGUCUGUGAAGGGAGAAGAUGGGAAGCUGUACCACUGGAUCCUGCCCUCCUUCUUCCAGAUGCUGCAGGACUUGGCUUCGCAGGGCAUUGAGUUCUCUGUCCUGUUCCGGACGUUUGGCACAGAUCUGCCCCGUGUCCUGACUGCAGUCAAAAAUGCUGUGGAGCAUGGCUCACAUCCGCUCUUUCCUGACCUCCCAGCACUGAAGAUGAAGGUUAAUGUGACAGCCGGACGCAUUAGGUGCAGUGCUAAGGGUGUGUCGCUGACCCGUGGAGAAGAGCAUGCAUCUACACGGGAUGGAGAGCGGAGUGUGUACCAGUAUCUGAGCUCUGCUGAGGGUCUGGGUGGCUUCCAGGACAACUUUGACUGGUGGGCACGGAACACAUACUCCAUUUUAGGUGGGAAACCACUGUGGAUUGACCCUUUUGACAGCAAUGUUCAACAUAUCUUCAUUGACGACAACAUUCGUCAAAAUGACGAGGACACUAUUGUCCAUCCUAAGGUGUUUUUAGAGCGUGACGGCUUGCAGACUCGAACAGCCUGUACAUCAGAGCUGUAUGAUCUCUGUCUGGUUCAGAACGACCUGCUGAAGGCCAUUUCUGAGCCUGACUAUUUCACCCGACGCAUCCAGAUCUGCAUGGAGAACUAUGAGGGAAACAUUCAAACAGUAUAGCCGGGUGAAGCUCAACUCACACAAGUACAUAUAAAACAGACACAUUAUGUAUAAAAAUAGUAAUGUGGUAGGUGCAAUGUGGAUAAAAACCAUGUUGGACAAUCUCUGCUACAAUCACAGAUCAUAUAUAUCAGGGGUCACCAAUCACGGUCCUGGAGGGCCGGUCUCCCUGCAGGGUUUAGCUCCAACUUGCCUCAACACACCUACUUGAUUGUUUCAAGAAUACCUAGUAAGACCUUGAUUAGCUUGUUCAGGUGUGUUUGAUUAGGGUUGGAGCUAAAAUCUGCAGGACACCGGCCCUCCAGGAACAAGUUUGGUGACCCCUGAUAUAUAUGAUCAAAUCAUCGUAUUAACUUCCUAAAUAACUGACUAUCACAAACAGCACAUGCCAUAUUGAAUGUAGUGUUUUUAUAUUCAUAAACAUUGGCAGCUGCUUUAUAGUUCUUUUUUCGUACAGGCAUUGUAUGUAGAUUUUACAUUCACCACCCAUACACUCAGGGUCUGUGAACAUUAAAUAUUGAUUUAAUGUUACAGUAUUUAUACUUUGAUGCAUUUAACAAAGUGUGUUUCGCAUCAAAAACUUGAAUUUUAGGUUUUGUGAGUGUGUGAAGAUUUUUUUUGCUCUUAUAGAUUGAAACCAUUUUGAUUUAUGAACAUUUUGAAGCUGAGACUAACCAAAGCAGAAUUUCUAACUUGUUGAGUUUUUUAGUUUACAUGUAUGGAGUUUAACGCACUUGAUGUUAAGUAAUUUUGCAAUUUGAUGCUAAAGUGUCAGCAUCUUCCUCUCCAGGUUUGGGUAAACUUUAUGUUUUACCUAAACUCUAAUCGAAUUAAAAUAGAAUUAUAUAUUUUCCUUACACCGUUACAAAGUAGAAUCUUGUUCUACUUCAGUUUAUUAUUGCGCUGUUGCUGCUUUUAGUGUGCAUGAUUUAAUGCAUUAUUUAUUAUUACUGUUUUGAAGCAGGUUACUUUGUUGUGUGAUUUA